AUGGAUAAAUAUGAUGUGAUUAAGGCAAUUGGGGAAGGUGCCUUCGGGAAAGCAUACUUGGCUAAAGGAAAAUCAGAUAACAAAUACUGUGUCAUAAAGGAGAUCAAUGUUGCAAAGAUGCCCAUUCAAGAAAAAGAAGCUUCAAGGAAAGAAGUUACUCUUUUGGCAAAGAUGAAGCAUCCCAACAUUGUAACCUUCUUCAGUUCAUUUCAAGAGAAAAACAAUUUGUUUAUUGUGAUGGAGUAUUGUGAUGGAGGGGAUCUCAUGAAAAGGAUCAGUAGACAACGGGGAGUGUUAUUCAGUGAAGAUCAGAUUCUGGGUUGGUUUGUACAGAUUUCUCUAGGACUAAAACAUAUUCAUGACAGGAAGAUCUUACACAGGGACAUAAAAUCACAGAACGUUUUUCUUAGCAAGAAUGGAAUGGUUGCAAAGCUUGGUGACUUUGGCAUAGCAAGAGCCCUGAACAAUUCUAUGGAACUUGCUCGAACUUGUGUUGGAACGCCUUAUUAUCUGUCCCCAGAGAUCUGUCAGAAUAAACCCUACAACAAUAAAACGGAUAUUUGGUCUCUUGGCUGCGUCUUAUAUGAGCUCUGCACACUUAAGCAUCCAUUUGAGGGUAGCAACUUACACCAAUUGGUUCUGAAGAUUUGUCAAGCACGUUUUGCUCCAAUAUCUCCAAAGUUUUCUCGGGAUCUACAGUCCUUGAUGUCUCAGCUAUUUAAAAUAUCUCCCCGAGAUCGACCAUCUAUUAAUUCCAUUUUGAAAAGGCCCUUUCUAGAGACUCUUAUUGCUAAAUAUUUGUCUCCUGAGGUCAUACAGGAAGAAUUCCAUCACACACUUAUACAUAGAGCAAGAUCUUCAGGGUCACGAUUUGCUGGAAAGGCAAUUCAGGAUGCUAAAGUACAGAACGUGAGACUCCAGGAAAAAUGCCCACCAAGACCCAGGAUAUCAGUGCCAAUAAAAAGGAAGGACAUGUUACACAGAAAUGAAUGGAGACCACCAGCUGGAUCCCAGAAGCCUUUAUCUGUAAAAAUGGUAGAAAGACCCAAACUUGCUGCAGUGUGUGGACAUUAUGAUUAUUAUUAUGCUCAACUUGACUUUUUGAGAAAGAGAGCCUGUGAACCAACUUAUCACCACGCCCCUCAAAAAGAUGCCAGAGUUGGGAACUAUAACCAGGAAGAAAGCCACAGCCCAUCGCCAGGCCAACGGUCUGCUGAAUACUUGCAGAGGAAAUUUGAAGCUCAACAAUAUAAGUUGAAAGUGGAAAAACAAUUGGGUCUCCGUCCAUCUUCUGCUGAGCCAAAUCACAACCAGAGAUGGGAGCUAGAAAGGAAUGAAGAAGAGCUUAGAUUUCAUGAACUGCAGCUCGGAAGACACAAAAUUAAGGAACAGGAAUAUUGGAAGCAAUUAGAAGAAAUACGUCAACAGUACCACAGUGACAUGAAGGAUAUUAGAAAGAGGAUAGGGAGAGAGCUGGAGGAGGACUCAAAAUUAGAUCAUAAAACCUAUUUGGUGAAGAAAAGUAACUUGCCCAUCAACCAAGAAGCACCUGAGGAAGAAUCACCUGCUCAGCAUAUUGAUAGAAACUUGAAACAUAUUGGACUUCAGGACAUAAAGGAAAGUAAAAUUCCAGAACAAAAAUACAAAGCUAAGAGAGGGGUAAAGUUUGAAAUUAAUUUAGACAAAAGUGUGUCUAAAGAAAACUUCUUACAAGAGGUAUGCCAUGAAACAAUGGACAUACUAAAUAAAACCCUGACCUUUGAGGAUGGCAUGAAGUUUAAGGAAGAAAAAAUUAUGAAACAGCAUGAAGAUUACAUAGACAAAGCAUUUGAACAACUCUGUUGCCCAAAAGCAGGUAUGUGUCCCAUGAAAACUACAGAAACUGCUGCUGCAGACAGUCGGGGACAGUGGAAUUCUGGAGCCCCGCAGACCCUGCUGCGAAUGAUGGCAGCGGCUGACAUCACCUCCACCUGUCCCAGUGAACCUGCUGGUGAAGUGUCUUCUUCAGAUGGUCAAGUGAUUGUGAUCAAGGAUGUUCUGGAAAAUAGGAAACAGUGGCGGCAUGGAGAGCCGGCGACUUUAAUGAAUGUCUUGGCAGCAGCACAGCUAAUGAGUAACUCAUUCCCUGCAAUUGAAGGAAAUUUGGUGGAAACAUUAAAAGAUGACGAUAAGGUGGACAUAGCCUCUAGCCUUGAAAUAGAUGAAGAACAACUAGGACCUCGAUCUGAUGAUGAUGAUGAUACAAAUUUUGAAGAAUCUGAGGAUGAGUUGGGAGAUGUAGUGGAAUCCCUAGAAAAACUCAUUAUUUCCAAAGAGGAAGAUAAAAGAGAAAAGGCUUCAGGUUCCUUGGAGGAUGCUGAAAAGUCAGGAGAAAAAGAAGGGAUAAGUGCUCAAAAAUAUGAAGAGAAAAAUGUUCAGUAUGGCCACAUCAUGAAGCUGUGA